GUUUGUUUAUCUUGACAAAACAAAGACUUUGUUGAUGUAUUUCAGAUGCAGACCAGUGUGAGAUGUGCCCAGAAGAUCAAUGUCCAAAUGAGAAACAGGAUCAAUGCAUCCCCAAAAGAAUAACUUAUUUAUCCUAUGGAGAACCAUUGGGAGCGGUUUUGAUUUCUUUUGCUCUUUUCUUUUCCCUGAUCACCUUUGCUGUGAUUGGGAUCUUUGUUCAGCUCCGCAAAACUCCCAUUGUGAAAGCCAAUAACUGGAGCAUUACCUGUACGCUACUCUUCUCUCUGCUGCUUUGCUUUCUCUGCUCCUUCCUAUUCAUUGGUCAGCCUAGGAAGGUGACCUGCCUCCUCAGACAAACCGUGUUUGGCAUCACGUUUACUGUUGCUCUUUCUUCUGUGUUGGCCAAAACCAUCACUGUCGUUCUGGCCUUCCUGGCCACCAAGCCGGGAAACAGGUUGAGGAGAUGGAUAGGGAAGAGGCUGGCAGUAUCAGUCAUCAUUCUCUGUUCACUUAUUCAAACUGGAAUCUGUGCUGUGUGGCUGGCAAACACUCCCCCUUUCCCAGAGUUUGACAUGCACUCUCAGAUCAGUGAGAUCAUUGUGCAAUGCAAUGAAGGCUCAAACACCAUGUUCUACAUCGUCCUGGGCUACAUGGGUUUUCUGGCCACCAUCAGCUUCACUGUGGCCUUCCAUGCUAGAAAGUUACCUGAUAGCUUUAAUGAAGCCAAGCUGAUCACCUUCAGCAUGCUGGUCUUUUGCAGUGUUUGGAUAACCUUUGUCCCAAGCUACUUGAGCACCAAGGGAAAAUACAUGGUGGCAGUGGAGGUCUUCUCCAUCAUGGCCUCUGGUGGUGGACUGUUGAGUUGUAUCUUCCUCCCCAAAUGCUACAUUAUUAUUCUUAGACCUGAUCUGAACACCAGAGAGCAACUGGUUAAGAAACGAUAUUGAGACACUGGACUCUUUCUGCCUUUUCUAGUUCUUCAACACCAUGUCUCUCAUCAUUAUAUUCCCAUAUUAGUAGUGAAGGAAGACGUAGAUUAGAUAAUACAGUCAACAUGGGUGGUAUCAGUGACUAAGUCUGGGUGGUAUUGAGACAAUGGGGGGAACUGUGGAAGAGCUGCUUGAACAAUGAGCCAUAUUGAACAGCUCUGGCACUGCUUUGAAGGACACAUCAGCCCGGCAGCACCAUGUGCCCAGAAUGCAGCACUGGAUGUCAGCCAGCCUACAGUGUGGGCCACAGACUAAUAGUUCUCUCAAAGAAGGGAGAUAACUGUAGACAGGCUUAUACUUAAGGUUAGGUGAAAAAAGAAUGACUGACAACCAGACUAACACAGUGUGUGGCCAUCAAAUGAAGCUCGUGUGUUUGACAUGCAUUCCACAUUCAUCCAGAUCAUGGUGCAGUGCAAUGAAGGGUCUGUUACAUGGGUUUUCUGGCCAUCAUCAGCUUCACUGUGGCCUCCCUUGCUAGAAUGUUACUGAUGGAUUUAAAUUUAUUUAUUUAUUUGUUUGUUUGUUUGUUUGUUUGUUUGUUUAUUUAGUAUUUAACGUAUUUUUAUACCGCCCAAAACUUACGUCUCUGGGUGGUUUACAACAAGAUAAAAACAAAAGUAAAACAUUAGUUAAAAACAAAAACAAGAAAUUUUAAACAAAAUUUAAAAUUUUUGAAACAAUAUUCUAAAAAUAAACAUUAAAACAAUUUAA